UUAGACUUGGCUUUCGAACGACGUGUGCCAUAUUGAUACCAUCAUCUCUGGUACUUCUUCUCAAAUCGGGACGAACACACUGUUGGACGGAAAGAUGUCUGCACGUGCAAGCGGUGAAUAUACCCGGCCGGACGUCAAACGGAGGCUCUUGGUCAUUGGAACAGGAGGGACAAUAGCCUCAGAACCAUCGUCGAAUGGAUACACACCUCUCCGGAAUGAUCAUUUCUACCGUCGUAUCCGACAACACCCUCUCCUGUCUGACCCAUCCGGAACUUCCACACCGACCUUGUUCUCUUCACCCGUACUGCCAGUGGCUGUCGGUGUGAACACCCGUUACCCUGAACUCAUUACGCCUCCGCUAGGUGACAAUGAGGAGAGAGUAUCGUAUGAGAUCUUGGAUCUCGACAAGCAGAUGGAUAGUAGUGAAAUGACUCCAAGUGAAUGGAACAUCAUUGCUGGACUCGUAGAAGAGAAUUGGACAGACUACGACGGCUUUAUAAUACUCUCAGGGACAGACACUCUGGCUUACACUUCCUCCAUCCUCUCCUUCCUCUUUACGAAUAUUGGCAAACCUAUCCUAGUUACUGGCGCACAGAUUCCCUUAUCUCAACCUCGUUCUGAUGGCUGGGCGAAUUUGCUUGACUCAAUUUACGUGGCCGGAGUCAUGAAUUUUGCUGGUAUCGGUGUCGUCUUCCACCAUCAGGUUUUCCAGGGAAACAGAGCGACCAAGACCUCACCAAAUCACUUUGCUGCCUUUCAAUCUCCUUGCGUCCCUCCUCUCGUAAAUCUGAACGUUAAAAUAACACUUGGGGGUUCUAUAACACCUCGAUCCUCCACCUUGCCUCCUCGUCUCAUCAAUCUGGUGACAUCACCCACGGUUUUAUCGUGCUCGAUUCACCCAGGUAUCACCGGUGCCCUUCUAUCUGCCCAGAUCGAAGCUGUGCCUACCUGCAAAGCCGUCAUCUUGUCUGCGUAUGGCUCUGGUAACUUACCAAUCAGCGAGGAGAAUGGCGCACUGGCAGCUCUGGAAGCAGCCGUGAAGCGAGAUAUUCUCGUCGUGGUCAUCUCACAAUGUGCUAUACCCAACGUCUAUCCUCUGUACACCCAAGGACGGACACUCCUGUCCAAGGGAGUGUUACCGGGCCACGACCUGACCCACGAAGCUGCCUUUGCGAAGCUUCUAUGGCUGGUCUCGAGAAAGGACCUGAGCUUCAGACAGAGACAAGAGCUGUUCGAGAUACCCAUUGCAGGGGAAAUGGCGGCGUGACCCGCGUCGGGGUCAGAUUCCAUAGCUCAUCCGUCAUCACUCUCGUACACCUCACUCCGUCCCCAGCACACACUGAAUUAAGGGGACUGAGACUCUCAGCGUUCAUCGCCGCGACGCAUGCUGUUGCCAUCUACCUGGAUGCAGCUAGAUGACUCUAUGCAUGUUCAUUUAUGUUUUGCUGAUGAGUCCC